GCCCUUAAUGUGAUGUAUAGCAGCUUAAAAUCUCCUUCACAACUUACUGGCUGGAAGUCGAGUGGGGGUGACCCUUGUGGUGACUCCUGGGAAGGGAUCAAAUGCUCUGGCUCAUCCGUAACUGAAAUAAACUUAUCUGGCCUUGGACUCACUGGAUCAAUGGGCUACCAGCUUUCGAGCUUGACAUCUGUCACUCGCUUUGAUUUAAGCAGUAACAACCUCAAGGGUGAUAUACCAUAUCAGCUCCCUCCUAAUGCAAUUAACAUAGAUCUGUCUCAGAAUGACUUCACUGGUGGUGUGCCUUAUUCGAUUUCUCAGAUGACUGACCUUGAAUACCUAAAGCUUGGUCAUAAUCAGCUUAAUAACCAGUUGAGUGAUAUGUUUGGAAAACUUUCAAAACUGAAAGAGCUGGACCUUUCCUACAACUCACUGUCUGGCAAUUUGCCUCAGAGUUUCAAAUCACUCUCAAGCCUCAAAAAAUUAAAUUUGGAGAACAAUCAAUUCAAUGGUCCAAUUAAUGUCCUUGUUGAUCUUCCCCUUACUGAUUUGAAUGUUGAAAACAACCAAUUUACUGGCUGGAUUCCCAAUGAAUUAGAGAAUAUAAACUUAGAAACUGGAGGGAACUCCUGGUCAUCUGGCGCUGCUCCUCCUCCUCCCCCUGGUGCAAAACAUCAUGCUAAUCGACACCCAACCAAUAAUGGUGAUGGUAAGUCUGUCAAGGGUGGAGUGGCAAUAGCCGGAAUAGCUAUGGGUGUACUGGUGGUAAUUGGGAUUCUAAUUACUCUUUUUUCAAGAAGAAAGUCUUCUCCUUCUUCAAAUUUCCUUGAUGAAGAGAGGAUUAGCCAGCGUAGAUCAUUUACCCCCCUUGCAUCUCAGGAAUUAUCCCAAGACUUGCGAGCUGACAUAAGCAAAAGCUUCAAAGAGCUUCAGCCAUUGGAUCGGUGUGCUUCAGUUGAUAUCAAGUCUUUGCAAAAGUCUCCUUCAAUUGGUCCUAAGCAUCCACCUUAUGAUUUGAAGCGAUCAUAUGAUGAAAAUGAGUUUACAAACCGUUUGAAUGCCCGAAGAAGCACCUCCCUUCAUGCUACAUCUUACUCCUUGCCAGAUUUACAGCUUGCUACCGUUAAUUUCGCAACAGGCCGCAUUCUUGGUGAAGGAUCUAUUGGACGUGUUUAUCGAGCUAAAUAUGCUGAUGGGAAGGUUUUAGCUGUGAAAAAGAUUGACUCCUCACUUUUUCAAGGAGGGCGAUCAGAAGAAUUUGCAGAAAUUGUUUCUAACAUCUCCAAGCUUCACCAUCCAAACCUUGCAGAACUUGUUGGAUACUGUUCAGAACAAGGCCAUAACAUGUUAAUUUAUGAGUAUUUCAGGAAUGGGUCACUUCACGAGUUCUUGCACAUGUCAGAUGACUAUAGCAAACCACUAACUUGGAACACAAGAGUCAGAAUUGCAUUGGGCACUGCUCGUGCUGUUGAGUACCUCCAUGAGGUCUGUUCUCCAUCCUUACUUCACAAGAACAUCAAGUCAUCCAAUAUAUUGCUCGAUACUGAACUCAAUCCUCGUCUCUCAGACUGCGGCUUGGCAACCUUUCAUCAGCGCACUAGCCAAAACCUUGGGGUUGGAUAUAAUGCUCCAGAGUGCACAAAACCUUCUGCCUACACAAUGAAAAGUGAUGUUUACAGUUUUGGGGUGGUCAUGUUGGAAUUAUUGACAGGGCGGAUGCCUUUGGACAGUUCAAAACCAAGACCCGAACAAUGCCUUGUACGAUGGGCCACCCCACAACUCCAUGACAUCGACGCAUUGGGAAAAAUGGUUGACCCAGCCUUGCGUGGGCUGUACCCUCCCAAGUCACUCUCACGAUUUGCUGAUAUUAUUGCCCUCUGUGUUCAGUCGGAGCCUGAAUUUCGGCCACCAAUGUCAGAGGUUGUGCAGGCAUUGGUCAGGUUAGUCCAGCGGUCAAGUAUAAACAUGAGAGAUGAUCUUGGGGUUUCUCGUCGGAUGGAUGACUAUGACUAUUAGUGAUUUAUGCUCAGAAUAUUGUAUAUACAUAUAUGUUAUUAGAUAGAUUCAGGGCAAGGAGAGUAUUUUUCUUUUUGCAUUUUCCCGGCAUGGAUAUUUCUGGUAAUAGAUAUGUGAUCUGAAAAUUUUCCCAAACCUUGAAGACUUUUAUAUGUCCUCUUUCUAUGACACCUACUAGGGUUAUGGCUAUUUGAUGUCAAUUUUCUUUGAGAUGAUCCAUCACACUUCCAGAUAUUUUCGUAGAUGUAGUGCAAGUAAAUUUUUUCCCCUAAAUAAUAGUAUUAUUUUGGAGAAAAUAAACUUUAUCCCUGGAAGUAUCCACCUAUUUUCAUUUUGGAGCUCCAAAAUGUAUUUGACAUUGGCAAAAAAUAUCAUCCUUCAGUUUUGUGAGUCACUUUGGAUAGAAAUGAAGCCACACUCGAUGCACGUGACUUUUUCAAAAUAAACAUGCUAAUAUUGCCCCUCAAUCAUGUGUGCCUUUUCAUAACCCCUUUAUUAUGCAUUUUGAAAGUGACAAAGCCUUUUAUCACUCGAAAACAUAACCUAGGGUUAUAAAGUUUUCAAAAACAACCAUCAUCCUACUCAAGAUGGAACUGUCAGGCACUCCUACAAACUUCGACUCUACAAGGGGAGGGUUAGGUAGGACACUUUGUUAUUGCGAGUGUUUGGCUUGUGUUAUAACGUCCUACACCCAUCAAAAUUUCAGUAGAAGGUUUAUGAAAUGCGAGAAUUACAAGGUAAGUCGCAAACUGACAUUACCUUCAGUAUAUAUUUUAUGAUGGGUAUUUUGAAGAUAUGUGAUGGGUGUGUCGCAGAUUUGUGUUGGGUGUGUCGUGGAUCUGAGUAUUUUCGAUACUAUGCUCAAUUUUCUAUCUCUUUCUUGAGAAAAUAAAUUGUUGUUGUUAGAUAAAAUGACAAGGUCUAAUUGCGAAUUAGCCUAUUGUAUAUUUAUGUGUUUGGAAUCUUGAAAUCAGCGAGUUUUUUUAGUCAUUGACUUCGUAUGUGUUAAAACAGGCGUGUGAUGUUUAGUGUUAGUGUUUUUUUUUAGGGUUUUGCAGAUAAAUCAAGUGUUUGGUUUUUGGGAAUGGAUUGAUCCUAAAAUGUAUGAACAUGGAGAGGGUGGUAGCUCUUUUGCAGCAAAAGCAUCUAUGUUUGAUUGAAAAAGCUGAAAGAUAUCGUAUAAUGGUUGAAACUGAAGUUAGGAAGUUGAAGUCAAAGACGGAGAUUGAAAAUGUUGCCCUUUGCAAAGAAAUCAAGAUUGGGGAGAUCAAUUACCAAGCAAUGACGAAGAAUUAUCAUACAAUAACUGCAUGUGCAUGGAUAUUGAUUGUAUUUGGUUAUGACUGUAACAACUUCAAAGGGUGUAUUUGAAGUCAGACAUGACCAUAUGAUGUUACCCUGAAGUGUGCAUGCGCUUCCUUUUGUUGACCUUUAUUUUAUUUGUAGGGAAAUUAUGAUUUUAAAACUUUAUGUCUACAAACAUACGUAUUGUAAUGUAUGUGCACAUGGUGCUUUGUUGUUUUGUA